AUGGAGGCCAAGCGGUACAGAAGGGAGCUAAGUAGAGGCCUCAAGGAUAGAAACGGAGCCAAGGCUGCGGAGGUGGGAGGGCACAAUCCAGAAGGUGACACCACAGAAAGAAGACCAAGACGUUGGGGUAUUUACCGAAGGAGAUAUAACAAUGUGUCUGAACAAGUAAGUUCUGGCAUUCAUCCUUCAUCCCACGAGCAACAAGAUGGAGAUUCAGCAACAAGUGAUGCUCACAUGGACACCCGAGUAAGAUAUGCUCCCUAUGCCAUUCCACACUGUCAUUGGAGAGGCAAUUUUCAGGAACGAGUCCAAACCCAUAUUAACAAAGAAAGAGAGCAAAAACCUCCAGAGACAAAAAUGGAGGAGAAGAAGCAGGAUGAGACUUCAGGAAGCUGGUUCAAGAUCACAAUUCCAUUCGGCAUAAAAUAUGAUGAGAAGUGGCUGCUGAAUUUGAUUCAGAAGCAAUGCAGCGUCCCCUUUACUCCAGUCGAAUUUCACUAUGAGAAAAUGCAGGCCCACUUCUUUGUUGAGAAUGCCAGUAUUGCCUUUGCAUUGAAGAAUGUUGGUGGCAAGAUUUGUGAUAAGAAUAAUGAGAAGAUAUCUAUCUUUGUCAUCCCCUCUAAUGCACCCCAGGCUGUGCAGAAGGAGCUGAAGUCAGAAAAGGAGGAUCAGAUAAAGGUAAUGCAGACUCCAGAUCAGUUAAAAGGACUGGGGCUACAGGCAUCUUGGCUCUCUUUCUCUGGUCUAUGUGGUUCCUCCCCAUAAUCACAGGUGAAGUCAGCAGAGGAAUUGGACCAGGGCAAAGGGCUGGAGCCAGAAGACAUGAGUGCAAAAAGAAACCCCAUAUGCACCACCUUAUCAGAUAAUUCAACCAACGGAAGCUGCAUCCUGGAAUUGUUCCCCAAGUUUUUAUGCCUGGAUGGUCAGGAGCCACCCCCACCAACUAAUUUGGGGAUUGAAGCCCACAAGAAUGUACCAUCCUGCAAGGGAAGUUUCUUUGGAUCUGACCCACUGAAGAGUCUAGUCUUGCAAUUUCUGAAGCAAUAUUACUCUAUCUAUGACUCUGGAGACCGGCACUGUCUUCUCUGUACUUAUCAUGACAAGGCCUGCUUCUCCCUGACCAUUCCUUUCAACCCCAAGGACCCAGCCCAAAGCAGCUUGUUUGAGUACUUCAAGGAUAACAGGAAUAUGAAGAACCUCAAGGACCCCAACCUGCGUUUUCAGCUGCUGAGACAUACAAAACGUGACAUUACAUGCACACUCUGUGUGUUACCCAAAACUCAGCAUGACCUGAGCUCCUUCGUGGUGGACAUGUUGUUCCAGUCGGAAAGGAUGCUCUGCUUCUGUGUCAAUGGGGUGUUCAAGGAAGUGGAAGGAAGGUCUCAGGGUUCUGUGCGUGCCUUCACCCGGACCUUCAUCACUACCCCUGCCAGCGAUUCCAGUCUAUGCAUCAUGAAUGAUGAACUGUUUGUGAGGGACGCCAUGCCCAACACGACUCAGCGUGUGCAUUCCAUAGAAGUGCCUACACCCACCACCAGCUCCAUGACCACUCUUUCCCAGGAGCAGCAAGAAAUGGUGCAGGUUUUCUCCACCAAAUCUGGAAUGAGCCUCCAGUUGUCUCAGAAGUGUCUUCAUGAUAAUCACUGGGACUACACUAGAGCUGUACAGGUGCUCACUCUGUGCAAGGCCAAAUACAAGCUCUCAGAGGAGGCCCUCCCACAAGCUGAUCCUGGAUCCUAAGAACACAGCCUCACCAAAAACCCCUUGGGUGUCAUCAUCUUCAUCCUCAUCAUCUUUGUUAUGUUUUUCCUCCAGUUUUACUAUAUUCCUGUUAUUGAGCCAGGAGGUCUGGUUGGAGCUAGUAAUUCAAUGCUUAAGUGACACUCAUCCACCCAA